UUACAAGAAUCUUAUUCAUAAAUCUACAGUGCAUGCGCCUCUCCUAUCAUUGUUCUGUGUAUCGUUUGAGAACAAUACCGAAAACAUAAUAUUGCAAAUACGACGCACCAAUUCUGUUUAAUUUUAUUUUUGAUUAUCGAACGUGUAGAUCUUUGCUUUGAAUCAACUAUCAAGAAAUUGACAUAAUUUACAAUUUGUUUGUAUUUAUUAUUAUGUAUUGUUAAUUCACGUUCUAUCAAUCACCAAUUCACAUCUAUCAAGGUGGCUUGUCAGGGUUUGCAUUUGCACAAAUUCUCGUUCACCAAGUGGAAUGGCAAAAGAUGAUGCAGGGAAGUUGACAAGAGAAGAUUUUGACGCCGGACCAAGAAGCUGGGAUGAAAUAGAGCCAGGAGUCAUAUUGGGAAAUCUUACAGCAGCGACGGAUGUCGACUGGUUGAGAGAGGCGAAAAUAACUCACAUCUUGACAUUGGACUCGUGUCCGCUGCCUAGAAAAAUACAACUUCUACCUGACAUAACAUUCAAAUAUAUUCAAGUGACUGAUUUACCCAGAGAAGACUUGCUAACAUAUUUCGAAGAGACUUACCAAUUUAUUAAACAUGCUCAAGACGACGGUCACAAGACUUUGGUACAUUGUUACUUCGGGGUCUCCCGGUCCGCUGCAGUGGUUAUAGCUUUUAUUAUGAAAAAAUAUAACAUGAGUUUUACCGAGGCUUUUGACCUCGUCAAAUCAAAGAGAAGAUUCGUAGGACCUAAUCCUGGAUUCGUGGCUCAAUUGAAGUUGUACCAGGACAUGGGAUUCAGCAUAGACAAUACAAAUGUACAGUUCAAAAUGUAUCGCCUUCAAUUAGCGGCUGAUAAAGUGAGAAAGGCAAAGAUAUUACCACAGACUUGUAUAGACUUGAUAAAGCCAGACCCGGCUUUAGUUACAAUACGACCUGAGCCGACGGUGUAUCGGUGCAAGCGUUGCCGAAGAAUCGUAGCUUCUGCCAGCAAUAUAUUACCUCACACACCGAGAGAAAAACAAAUUUGGCGUCAUGUAAGCUCGAAACGUUAUGAUAAGGGUUUGAAAGUGGCAAAGACUUCGAAAAAACCUGUGGAAGAAGAUGAGAACAAUGAGCUGUGUGACUCUGAAUUUUGUUCGAAAACUUAUUUUAUAGAACCAUUGGCCUGGAUGCCUGAUAUAGUACACAAUGUUGAAGGUAAAUUGAACUGUCCAAAAUGUGCUACCAAGCUUGGAUCUUUCAGCUGGAUCGCGGGAUCCCAAUGUCCAUGUGGUAGCAAGAUAGCUCCAGCCUUUUAUCUGGUUCCCUCUAAAGUUGACUGGAGUAACGUCGUUCAAAAUGUACAAGUGACUGUUUAGAAAUUAAUCAACAUCCAAGCAGCUUCGAUAAAUGGAUAUGCUGCUUUACAUGUUGAAUGUAUAAUUGAAUUCUCAAUACCCUUGGAACCGCUAGAUAAUUCGGAUUCAAAUGUUUAUGAGCCACGUUGGAACAGUGUGUGAAAAUAAGUUUAUGCAGACCUAUACGACGUAAGGCAAGAAGGUAACGUAGAAAAUAAUGUGCAAAAUUGUGUUAAUGGAUCAAUCUACAACUUGGUAUUCAUUGAUCCCAGGAUUUCCAAAGUUCUUCUGAACUCACGGAAUUGUAGUACUUCACUGAAGUAGCGCUAGAAAUAUCGAAAAUUCAUUUAGUCCGAUUUCUGAAAUUCAUCACGUUUUAUUUCGAAAAACUGCCUCGUUUCCGUGGUUUUAGUUCAUACUGCAGAAAGUCUUUUUUUUUCCAGUUCAAUGAAAUUGAGAUCAAAUUAUGUUAUCUUUGGCUCGAAUUACAUCAAUUCAUUGUCACCUUUUUCCGUAUUUCCAUUGCCUAGAGAGAUCAUUUGACAAGCUGAGUCUUUAUAUCAAAGAAAGUUUUCCGUAAGUAUCAUGCUGGUUGUGGCGGUGUCUUUCUCUGUACAUCGUCAAGCCGAGUUUUUCAAGUUAUACUUCCACUUAUUGACUGACAAAAUGAUGGAAGGGCAUGGCCUUGAUCGUGAAAAUAAAAUAUGGCACUCAUUCCCUUCGGGCUCUAAGCAAAUGAUAUUAUAUAUAUUAAAAUGGUGUGCCAAUUAUAAGUAUAAUAU